AUGGCAAAAGGAUUUAAUGGGAGCUUGAAAAUCAGAGAACUUGAAAAUCUCUUUGUACCCAUUUUGCAAAAUUGCAAGAACAUGGCAGAAUUGAAGAAAAACCAUGCUCUUGUUAUCAAAUAUGCACUUUCACAAAGCAACUUUUUGGUGACAAAAAUGAUAGAUGUGUGUGAUAGAAAUGAGGAUAUGGAUUAUGCAAGUUUUCUUUUUAAGGAAGUGAUAGACCCGAAUGCUUACUUGUACAAUGCAAUGAUAAGGGCAUGCACGCACAACUCUAUGUACAGCCUAACAAUCGACUUUUACAAGCAAAUGCUAAGGGAAUAUCGAAAUUCCCAAACUAGUGAAGACCUAAUUUUGCCUGAUGAAUUCACUUUCCCGUUUGUGGUAAAGGCAUGUGCAAGACUUGGGUUGCAUAACCUAGGCAAGCAAGUCCAUGCCCAAUUCUUUAAAUUUGGGAAGAAGUCCCAUCUUAUAACAGAGAAUGCACUGAUUGAUAUGUAUACAAAGUGUGACAAUUUGUUAGAUGCACAUAACUUGUUUGAUGAAAUGCAUGAAAGAGGUGCAAUUUCUUGGAAUGGUAUUAUCUCUGGGCAUGUAAGAUUGGGUCAAAUGAGAAGGGCAAGAGCUUUGUUUGAUGAAAUGCCUAAUAGGACUAUAGUAAGUUGGACGGCUAUAAUUUCUGGGUAUACGCGUAUUGGUUCUUAUAUUGAUGCUUUGGAUGUGUUUCGAGAAAUGCAAAUUGCUGGUAUUGAGCCUGACGAGGCAAGUAUUAUUUCUGUCUUGCCGGCCUGUGCUAAGCUGGGAGCUCUUGAAACUGGAAAAUGGAUACAUAUGUUCUGUGCUAGGAAUGGUUUGUUGAGGAGAACUUGCAUUUGCAACGCUCUUAUUGAAAUGUACACAAAAUGUGGUUGCAUUGAUCAAGCUUGCCAGUUGUUUGAUCAAAUGCGCGGAAGGGAUGUAAUUUCUUGGAGUACUAUGAUCGGAGGGUUAGCGAAUCAUGGAAAAGUUCGCGAGGCAAUUGCAAUAUUUGAAAGAAUGAAGCAAACAAAUAUCAAACCCAAUGGUAUUACUUUUGUUGGUCUUUUAUCAGCUUGUGCUCAUGCUGGUUUUUGGGAGGAGGGGUUGAUGUAUUUUGAUACAAUGAAAAAGGAUUUUCAUAUAGAGCCAGAAAUUGAGCAUUAUGGUAGUUUGGUUGAUCUUCUUGGACGUGCAGGACGACUCAGUCAGGCCCUUGACAUUGUAGAGAAGAUGCCUAUGAAGCCGGAUUCAAAGAUAUGGGGUUCUUUACUAAGUUCUUGCAGGACCCACUGCAACAUUGAAGUUGCUGUUAUUGCAAUGGAGCACCUUGAAGAGCUCGAACCGGAUGAUACAGGUAACUAUGUUUUGCUUUCCAAUAUAUAUGCAGAUCUUGGCAAGUGGGACGACGUGUCAAGGAUGCGGAAACUUGUAAGGAGUAAGAGAAUGAAGAAAACGCCAGGAUGUAGUUUGAUUGAGGUUAACAAUGUUGCUCAAGAAUUCGUAUCAGGGGAUGAUUCAAAGCCAUAUUCAAAAGAAAUAUUCUGGUUGCUAGAGCUGCUGGCCUUCCAUCAGGACAUGGAUAAACAUAUACUUGAAAUAAUACCAGAGAAUGAGUGAGAAUGAGCCUGUUAAAGCUUGGACAUUUUGCAGACAAA